UGUCCUGAUCCCCUUACAGUGGAGGAAGGAAUCAAACUCCCAAGAUGGCGGCGGCGUCUGAGGAGCGGAUGGCUGAGGAAGGAGGCGGCGGCCACGGCGACGGCGGCUCCUGUUCGGCCGCUGGCUCCGCUCAGCGACAGCCCCCGGGGCCCCCGUCGCAGGCCCCGCAGCCGGGGUCCCAGGCACCCGCCGCGCCCGCGCUGGCACCGGACCACCUGCCUCAAAACAACACGCUGGUGGCGCUGCCCAUCGUAGCCAUCGAGAACAUACUCAGCUUUAUGUCCUACGACGAAAUUAGCCAGCUCCGCCUGGUUUGUAAGAGAAUGGACUUGGUCUGUCAGAGAAUGUUGAAUCAGGGUUUUCUGAAAGUGGAGCGGUACCAUAACCUAUGUCAGAAGCAAGUCAAAGCACAACUACCGAGGAGAGAGUCAGAAAGGAGAAACCAUUCUUUAGCUCGUCAUGCAGACAUCCUUGCUGCCGUGGAAACAAGGCUGUCACUGCUAAACAUGACCUUCAUGAAGUAUGUGGAUUCCAACCUCUGUUGCUUCAUCCCAGGAAAGGUGAUUGAUGAGAUUUACCGUGUACUGAGAUAUGUCAAUUCUACCAGAGCCCCUCAGCGAGCUCAUGAAGUACUGCAGGAGCUGCGGGACAUCUCUUCCAUGGCCAUGGAGUACUUUGACGAGAAGAUCGUUCCCAUUUUGAAGAGGAAAUUGCCAGGAUCAGAUGUGUCUGGAAGACUCAUGGGCUCUCCUCCAGUUCCCGGACCAUCCGCAGCCCUGACAACAAUGCAGCUUUUCUCCAAGCAAAACCCGUCCAGACAAGAGGUUACCAAACUGCAGCAGCAGGUCAGAACCAAUGGUGCUGGCGUGACUGUCCUCAGGCGUGAGAUUUCUGAGCUUCGCACCAAAGUGCAAGAGCAGCAGAAACAGCUUCAAGACCAAGACCAGAAACUGCUAGAGCAGACCCAGAUCAUAGGUGAACAGAACGCACGGCUGGCAGAGCUGGAACGCAAGCUCCGGGAAGUCAUGGAGAGUGCAGUAGGAACGUCCUCAGGGUCUGGGCAGAGUGAGGAGUCUCCUCGGAAACGAAGGAAGGCAACAGAAGCCAUAGACUCUCUUAGGAAAUCCAAACGACUUCGGAAUAGAAAGUAAAUUGGAAUAUGGCUCUAGCUCCAGAGGAAGAGCCCAUGCUGAGAGCUUUCGCAGUUGCUCCGGUCAGGACAUUGGAGCAACUCAGCGUCCCUUAGGCUUCCGGGCUUACUCUUGGCUCUUGUGGUCGGCAUCCUUCGCGCCUCUUUGGUGGAGCUGAGUGAUGCACAGAACCUUCUUACCUUGCAAUACAUUUGUACUAACCAUGCCCAUUCUAUCAUGUUUGGGGGCUAACCUUGUUCCUGUGCAGGUGACAUGUUAAGUUUAUUUGUUUCUGAAUAUAUGCACAUUACAUAUGGAUUUUAAACAAACCCAUUCUUGACAGACUAAAAAGUUAAGUUUAAUACAUAAAAUGUCCUGUUCACUUGAAAGAAAAAAAAUUUACUUUUUAAAUGGACACUAUCUUGGUUUUUUUGUUUUGUUUUUUUUUUUGUUGUUUUUUUAAAGUUGACUUUUUGUUUGUUAUAAGUGACCUUUGUCUGGAAUGUCUGAGACUUGGUUAAUACUUUGGUAUUGAAGUGGUGGCCGACAGAAAGGACUGACUGUUGGCUGUAGAGGGGGCUCCACAGUAGCCACUAUUUUUAUAAACUACUGGCAAGGGGUGUUUCCAGGCGACAGAUACAUGCUCUCACUUGUCUCUGGGGCCGUGUCCAUUUGCAUGGACAGAUGCAUGCAUUGUCUAGUCAGCGCACUUCACACAGCCCCGCAGCACUUCACACCGCUCCUGCACUGGCCUUGACCUCGACCCUCUAGACUUCUCCACAUGUUAGAGCUGCGCCAUUGAUUUAAGCACUCAGCAGCCUGCCUGUAGGGGAUGAUUGUCAGUCCACCUGUCCUCCAGGUUUACAGGCACAAGAGACUGUUGAAGUCCAUGGAUGUGUCUCCUCUGUAGGGUUCAGGUACACUGGCUAAGACAGACCCUCAAAUCCAAGGCUCUCUCUGUAGACAUCAGACCUCUGAGAACUAGUCAUGAUCUGACUCGUGUCUGCCCGUGCUUCAGCCAUGACUUAGUAGGGACCCAGCUGAGGGAAAGUUCAUUGAAGAAAAUUGUACCAUGAAAAAACAGUUCAUUUCUGGGCCAUGACCCGAGGGAAGCUGUUUCACACCACUUUCAAGCUCUCCUAUAACUGAACAGAAAGAAGCUUCAGUCUUGUUUGCACUCCUGUUUUGAGCUUGUAACUGGAAAGGCGUGUCUUGCACUGUUCAGCCUCCUGAGUGGUCACUUUAACAUCCUCCAAAUUGUAUAAAAUGGUUCUUUCUCCUGGUUGUAUACUUUUCAAACAUUCAACUAUCACUGUCCUAUUUUUAUUUUAAUUAUGUACUAAAUUAUGUAGUUUUGUUCUUUUAAACAUCUGUUGCUUUGGACUUUAUUUAUAGUAAAUGUAGGUGUAAGAUAAUAAAAACUCUCCCUUUCCAGGUGUUAGACUAAGGUUUUGGUAAAUCCCACAGUGAGAGAGAAGCACAAGGUUGUCGUCCGUCCGACAUGACGUGUCGUGCAUCCUUCGGUUCCUUUUACCAAGUGACCUCUCCUACCCAUUCGUAGUAUUGUCCCCUCAUGAUCCUGCCCUUGGAUUCUGUUCAAGUCUGUCUGAUUUUGAAAGUCCAUCUACAAUGUAGUGUGUCUGCAGUGAGAAACCGUAACGUGGUAUCCAAGUGUUUCAUGUUUGUUGGGAAGGUAAUUUUAAAAUAAACAGUUUCCUAAAAGAUAUGUCAGCCAAGGUCAUAACGGCCCCUGUCUGGAGCUGGUUUUCGCAGCAGGUCUCACCUUUGCAGUCCUAGGAUGUAGCCAUAUCACCGAAGCCCUGGAGGAGGCCCACAGGGCACUCAGAGCCUGGCUUUGCCAGUCUGGUGUUCUGGUAGAGGAAGACUCUGGAGCAUCAGUGUACAGGUGUUCAAAGUAUAAUCCUUAUGCAUCAAAGAAAGCCUCAAAUGAUUUCUUCAGUAAUUAUUAAAAAUUUCCCAAACUACAUCUAACUAGCCUAAGUGUAAGCCCUAGUCUUCCAUGAGUUAGUCUGAGUACGAGGCUUUCGUGAGCACGUACAAGGUAAGCAGGAAGGGGUAUGCAGCGUCACAUGGAGCUGCCCUUGUUUUGUGACUCUCUCUGACUUUGAGAAUAAAGCUCUACGGCUCACUUGUCUUAAGUUUUACUCAGAGUAGCUGACACAUUAGGAGGUUGUCUUCACCAUUGUUAAGAAGCUACUGGGGGCUGUCAUGCUCACUUUGGGAGACCAGAGUGAUAGAGUCUCCAAAUCAUGCACUAUUUUAAUAGAUAAAACCGGUUUGCUGUGGGGAAACUUAACCAGCCUCCUGGGAGCGGUGGCCCGCAUUGCCUGGCAGAAUCUUACGUGCUAUAGGUAGUUUACAGCGCGUUUUGUAAAGUAUUCCCACCAAGAAGAGAUUCCUCUGUUUGGGCCAUUCCCAUGUCUCAGUUUACCCACAGUCCACACUACACGCAGACACACACAUGAAAAGACACGGGUGGGAGGUGAGAAGAACAGGCCCCGUCCGGCUGAGCCCUGCCGCCUCCCACACACACCUUGCUCAUGUGGUCUCUCACCCAUCAUGGGUUUUACAGAAACUGCAAACUUCCCUUCUGCUGUGUAGAGAGCCUGGCAGUAACGGGGGCGUUAACAGCAGUCCUGUCGUGAAGACUUAGGGUGCCCGGUGUCAAAAGCCGCCGGGCUGAGUCAACAUUUCUUGGUAAAAUGUGGUCUUUGGAGUACUGAACUCACAGGGGCUUGCCUUAAUUCAGUAGUUUCAAGAUGUAUGCGCUAUAUUCUAUGUGUUAAAAUGAUAAAAAAUAUUCUCUGUAGCCCCGAGUGGGUAAAACAGCUUAAUGCCUAAAUAAAUAAGCUGAAAGGUGUCACAACAGCUGGAUUCUUUAGAGAAAAUGGACGUAAACAAUAGGCUAUGCGUCAUGAACAAAAACUGUGGCACCUUAGGAUUGCACUACUUCAUGCACUGUUUUGUAUGCCGUUUCAUAGCCUGCACUUUAACCUCCAAAGAAAUGCUACGUGGUGCCGGUUCCUCCUCACGGAGCUCAUCCCUGAGUCGGCUCGGGAGUUAGUCUCCUGGCGCCGGCACCCUGUUUGGGUUCUCGCUUCCUUAGCCAUAAUACUCCCCAGGAUCUGAGAACUCAUGUCUCGUCUGUUUGCUACAGCCUAGAAUCCUAAUUUAAUGUAGAUCUCAUCCUUGGUGAUUCACACGGCCAUAGAUGCUCUUCUAGUGGUGAAUACCCGGUUGUUCCCUGUACCAAACCCUCAGAAAGCAGACACUGUGAGACCUGAAGGUGGGAAUAAAAGGCGUGAAAGGGGGCGCAUAAAAUGCUGCUGCACUGGGAAUGGUGAAUCAACAAGGAAGCCCAACUUCCUGUUGAAUGCUCUGGCUUGGGAUCUGCAUGGGGUCCUUUAGGGCAGAAGAGGCUCCAUUAGAACUACUUAAAUGUAGAGCCCGUCUGCAGGAAGUUAUCUUCAACAAAACGCCAAGUCCACAAAAGCCAGUGACUGCUGCCGGGGGCGGGUGGCCACUUGGGGAAGCAGUCCUUCACACAGAACAAAGCCAAGGCACGCCGGAGUGAGGUUGGCCUUCCCAAUUUCCCAAGAAUCCUUGUUAAAAUUUUAAAGCCCAAGCGUUAAAUUCACCACCUUCCCGUUGUGUCUGAAGAUAGCCGCAGGCUUUAGAAACCUAGGAAACUGACCCGGCUAUUGCCAAAGUCUAGUGGGCCGUGCUACCAAAAGGUCAGACGUGUUUAAAAACUCCUUCAUGUGGAACCGUGUGUCUGUUUACUUAUGCUCAUGAGCAACAAUAAACCACUAGUUUACCUGCUGAA